AUAACAAGAGGCGGUAAAUGAAUGUGUGGAACUGGACACGGUCUGGAUACUCUGAGAACUGUGUUAGGUUCUACAGCGACCAGCUGAUGGGAAUCGAGUAGCUCAGGAUCAUAAAUGGUCACUUUCCACUACAGCUACUUCCCCAGUGUGCCCACAGAGAGCAAUACAUCUGCUCCUGCGGUUGUAACUUUGGAGAGCCGCAGCCAUCUACAAUUACUGCUCCUAAACAUAUCGAACUGGAGGGAGACAGGAACCCCUGACCCUUUACAUUUCUGGAUCAAGGUGAAGUUUUUAUCACAGCUGAUGAUCCUCCUAAUAAAUAUUGUCAGCUCUGUGUUCUGUGGACAUUUAGGAAAAGUUGAAUUGGGUGCAGUCAGUCUUGCCAUAGUGGUAAUAACUGUAUCGGGUAUCUCCAUAGGUAUGGGGUUGUCUACAGCGUGUGACACACUCAUAUCUCAGACGUACGGCAGUAAGAACCUGAAGCGAAUCGGAGUGAUUCUCCAACGAGGGAUCCUCAUUCUCCUGAUCGCCUGCUUUCCCUGCUGGGCUCUCUUCAUAAACAUCGAGCACAUUUUAUUGGCUGCCAAACAAUCUCCUGCAGUAGCCAAGUUAACACAACUGUACGUGAAGAUAUUUAUUCCUGCUCUUCCUGCUGCAUUUCUUUAUGAUUUAGAGGUCAGAUACCUGCAGAACCAGGGGAUCAUCAUGCCUCAGGUUGUUGUUGGUUUCAUCACCAACAUCUUCAAUGCUGUCGUCAACUACCUCUUCCUCUACGUGCUGACACUGGGACUGCCGGGCUCAGCUGCUGCCAAUGUUGCUUCCCAGUAUUGCCAGCUUCUCCUCCUGUUUGGAUACAUUCGCUGGAAAAAGUUGCAUGUUGACACCUGGGCAGCUUGGUCCACUGAAUGCCUGCAGGAAUGGGGCAACUUUAUACGACUAGCAAUUCCCAGCCUGUUCAUGCUCUGUAUUGAAUGGUGGGCAUUUCAUAUUGGAACAUUCCUUGUCGGGCUACUUAAUGAAGUUCAACUUGGAGCCCAGACGAUCAUAUUUCAGAUUAUUACAGUACCGUACAGGAUUGCUAUAGGAUACAGUGUGGCUGCAACUUUUCAUGUGGGUAAUGCGUUGGGGGCCAGAAAUCCUCAGCAGGCUGUAAACUCUGCCAAAGUCGCUAUAUACUGCAUUGGUUGCAUCGCCUUAGUAACUGCAGCAAUAAUUGGAGCCCUAAGGAAUGUGGUGGGCUAUAUCUUCACCAGUGACAAAGAAAUUCUACAUUUAGUUAUAGAAGUAGUUCCAUUAUGUUCUGCUUUUCACGUGUUCGAUGCUACUGCGGGUGUGUGUGGUGGAGUGUUAAGAGGAGCUGGGAAGCAAAAACUAGGCGCUCUUGGCAACUUGGUUGGAUAUUACCUGAUUGGGUUUCCCAUUGGAAUCUCUUUGAUGUUUGCUGCAAAUCUUGGCGUAUUUGGUCUCUGGUGUGGAAUAGUGCUUUGUGCGUCUGUACAAUCCAUUAUUUUUCUGACAGUGAUUCGCAGACUCGACUGGAAGAAAACUGCCAAACAGGCUCAGAUUAAUGCAGGGGCAAUGAGAGGAUUGGGCACCUCAGACAGCACUUCUGGUGGUCAAACAAAAGAUCUCUCAACAGAGGAGGACACAGGAAACGAUGCUAUGGUUCUGAUGUCUAGUGUUUCACAAUUGGAACCAAGUGUGGACAAGGACCAGGUGAUGGAUGAAUCUUCAUUUUUGGAAACUGGAGUUACCACAGUCGGAGAAAUCCUGUCCACAAAGCAAAUGAUCAUUCGCCGUGGCCUCUUCUUCCUCUCAGGACCCGUGAUCCUGGCCAUUGGACUGACCGCACACUUCAUUCUCGCAAAGGACAUGAGCCCAAAAGCUAUAGCUUCGUCCAUACAGAAAGCGAUCGGAAAAAUGGAGAAUUCAGUGCAGGUAAGCUCUGGCAAUGUUGCCCCGUCAAGUGGACGAUGUGGCAAUCUGUUUCUGAGGAAAAUAAGGGGAUGGAUACCUACCAACUUCUGGCAAGAAGCAAAACUUAUAUCAAGACUAGCUGGGCCAGUGUGUCUGACAGAGCUGUUGACACUUCUAAUCAGUAUUGUCAGCUCUGCAUUCUGUGGGCAUUUGGGAAAAAUUGAAUUGGAUGCAGUCAGUCUUGCUACAGCGUCGACAACUGUAUUAGGUAUUUCCAUCGGCGUCGGGUUGUCUGCAGCAUGUGACACGCUCAUAUCUCAGACAUAUGGCAGUAAGAACCUGAAGCGAAUCGGAGUGAUUCUCCAACGAGGGAUCCUCAUUCUCCUGAUCGCCUGCUUUCCCUGCUGGGCUUUCUUCAUAAACAUCGAGCACAUUUUAUUGCCUUUGAAACAGCCUCCUGCAGUAGCCAAGUUAGCACAGAACUACGUGACGAUAUUCAUUCCUGGUCUUCCUGCAGCAUUUCUUUAUGUCUUAGAGGUCAAAUACCUUCAGAACCAGGGGAUUAUCCUGCCUCAGAUUAUCAUUGGCUUCUUAACUAACAUCAUAAAUGCUGCCAUCAAUUACAUCCUGCUAUUUGUACUGAUGCUAGGAGUGCCGGGCUCAGCAGCUGCUAAUGUGAUUUCUCAGUACUGCCAAGUUAUUUUCCUGUUUGUUUACAUUCGAUGGAAAAAUUUGCAUGAAAAGACUUGGGCAGGAUGGUCCACUGACUGUCUGCAGGAGUGGGGUCCCUUUCUGCAGCUGGCAAUUCCCAGCAUGGCCAUGAUAUGUAUCGAAUGGUGGUCUUUUCAUCUUGGAACAUUCCUCGUAGGGUUAAUUAAUGAAGUUCAACUUGGAGCCCAGUCCAUUAUUUUUCAGAUGAUCACAAUAGCAUACAGGGUCGCUGUAGGAUACAGUGUGUCUGCAACUGUUCAUGUAGGGAAUGCACUUGGAGCCGGUAAUCCACAGCAGGCUGUAAACUAUGCUAAAGUUGCUAUAUACUGCGAUGUAUGUAUCUGCUUAAUGAAUGCAGUGAUACUUGGAGCGGUAAGGACUGUGGUGGGUUAUGUCUUCACCAAUGACAAAGAAAUUGUUCAGCUGGUUGCAGAAGUACUUCCACUAUCUGCUACGUUUCAUUUCUUUGAUUCUGUAUCGGGUGUGUGUGGUGGAGUGUUAAGAGGAGCUGGGAAGCAAAAAUUGGGAGCGAUCGGCAACCUGGUUGGAUAUUACCUAAUUGGAUUUCCCAUUGGAAUUGCCCUGAUGUUUGCUGUAAAACUCGGUAUACUUGGUCUCUGGUGUGGAAUGCUCAUUUGCGUGUUCAUACAGUUAGCUUUCUUUCUGACAGUGAUUUACAGAAUCAACUGGAAUAAGGCAUCUGAUGGGGCUCUGCUUAAUGCAGGUGUGAUGAAAGACGUGGUCACUGCAAACAGUGUCUCUGGUGGUCAAAUGCGGGAUAUCUCAACAGAAGGAGACUGUGCAGCGAAUGCAAUUCCCAGUGUUUAUCAAUCAGAGCUACAGACAGAGGAGGACCAGGUGAUGGAUACAUCUUCCACUGCGGACACUGGAGUUACCACAGUCGGAGAAAUCCUGCCCAUGAAACAACUGAUCAUUCGCCGUGGCCUUACCUUCCUCUCAGGACCCCUGAUCCUGGCCAUUGGACUGACCUUUCACUUCUUUCUCGCAAAAGUCUUAUAGGCUUGCAAGGAAAAGACAGAGCACAGUUACUCACUAAAUAAAAACUGAAAGAGCUGCAGAUGCUGUAAAUCAGGAACAAAAACAGAAGUUCCUGGAAAAUCUCGCAGGUCUGGCAGCAUCUGUGAAGAAAAACUCAGAGUUAAUGCUUUCGGGUCAAGUUCUGAGGAAGGGUCACCGGAUCCGAAACAUUAACGCUGAUUCCUUUUCUUCACAGUUACUCACUGCAGUAUGAAUAGUGACAGUGUGACCAAGGGGCGACAGGGGCCAAAGUUCUUAUUGAUGAAACCCAAGCACCAGAUAAAAUAUCGGAUAAACAAUUAAAAAAGAAUUAUUAACAACAACCAGUUAUGAACUAAUUCCAAGCUUUUCAAAAACAUUUGAAAUUGUUACUGGGCAGUGUUCGGGUUUAAAGUCUAAAAAGCACUUCCAAAGCAAUAGUUGAACCAGUCAACCAUGCUCAAUGAUUAGCUGCCACCAUUGUUUAGUGUGGAUGCCUGAGACUAGACAGUAACGGCCUGAUUUAGUUGUACCACUUAGCUCAGACUCCUUCAUCACUAACCUUCGAUACAUCUACCAUUUUGGAUGGAACCUCCAGGUUUGGUCCAGUUAUACACAGUCAGUUGUAAGGUAGGUGGAGUGAUUGUCACAAGGUGUACCGGGUGAAAAUCAUAGAAUAGGAGUUCCCAGAUUGGGGCUGUUAAUCUGGUCCAAUCAGGGAGCCCUGGCUGACAGAUAUAAACAGGAGUGUCAGAGGUUCUGCACACUCUGAGAGCUGCCUCUCAGGAAGCUGAGCCAGUGUCAAGUACUGUGCCCGUGUAAAUAAAGUGUGACUUGGUGAUGGGAUGUCGGCCUCUAAAGAGUUAGUUCAGAGGUGGCCUUGAGCACUGAACCAGACUCCAUGAGGUUUAUUGUCAAAAGCAAACAAGGAAACAGUCUGCUGAUUAUCACCUAUUGUCUAACCUCGGACGAUGGAUCAAAAUUACUGAAUAGGAAAUAGCAAUGGUAAAAAACAAGGAGGGUAGAAAGGAUGCAUAAUCUAUUUUGGCGAGAAGGCUCCUACAUACAUUACUAAAAGUGGCUUGGUAGCACAGCUACUGAUCAGGUUGGCUAUGCCCUGAAUUACACAGCUGGCAGAACGGGCCUGUUUUAUGUGAUGACAGAACUAACACAAGUUAACAACAUGGUUGAAUUCAUCCUCAUCAAUUUACCUUUUGCAGACGUAACAGUGACAUUUUCAUUUGGAGCAACCAUUGUAGGCUCUCGUAAGACCAUAAGAGGUGGGAGCAGAUGUAGACCAUUCAGCCCAUCGAGUAUGCUCCGCCAUUCAGUGAGAUCAUGGCUGAUCUGAUAAUCCUCAGUUCCACUUUGUUGCCUUUUUCCCCCAUAACCUUUGAUUCCCUUUCCGAUUUAAACUCAGUUUGAGUAUACUUAAUGACCCAGCUUCAACAGCCCUCACUGGUAAAGAAUUCCAAACAUUCAUAUCUCCUGAGAAAAGAAAUUCUACUUCAUCUCUGUCUUACUCUGAGAUUGUGCCCUCUGCGUCCUAGACUCUCCCACAACGGGAAAGACUCUUCACCCAUCUAACUUGUCAAGCCCCCUUACAAUCUUGUCUUUCAAUAAAGCCUUCGUUCAUUCUUCAAGAAUAUAAACUCCAAGAAUACAGGCCUGACCUACUCCACCUCUCAUCACAGAAAGGGAGGGAGGCAAUGGGCUCUUAUUAUUGCUACACUAUUAAGCCAGUAACUGAGCUAAUGUUCGGAGGUAACAAAGUGUAGAGCUGGAUGAACACAGCAGGCCAAGCAGCAUCAGAGGAGCAGGAAGGCUGGCGUUUCGGUUCUGGGCUCUUCUUCAGAAAUGUUCUGAGGACCUGGUUUCAAAUCUCACCAUGGCAAAUAGUAAAAUUUGAAUUCAACAAAGAAUCUGGAAUUAAGAGUUGAAUGAUGGCCGUGAACCCAUUGUCAAUUGUUGGGAAAACCCAUCUGGCUCACUAAUGCCCUUUAGGGAAGGAAACUGCCAUCCUCACCUGGUCUGGCCUACAUGUGACUCCAGACCCACAGCAAUGUAAUUGACUCUUAACUGCCCUCUGGGCAAUUAGGGAUGGGCAAUAAACGCUGGCUCAGCCAGAGAUGCUCACAUCCCAUGAGUUAAUAAAUUUAAAAAAAACACCCUUCAUACCUGAUAUUAGCUUAGUGAACAUUCUCUGGACUAGCUUUGAUGAUUCAUUGAUGAGGAUUCAAAAAUCUCCCUGUUCUGUGGGCUUUCUGCAGCCUUUGACCAUUUAAAUAAUAUUGAGCUCCUCUAUUCUUCCUGCCAAAGUGCAUAACCUUCAGAGGUCAGGUCAUGUCUUGACCCUCUUCACCAUGACUGUGUGGAAUUAUACUGCUAUACAAAUGCAACUCUUCCUUCUCAUCGCUGAAAAGUAAAGUUUGGAGAGCAGGAAUAUUGCUGAUGAAUAUAUUCAGUUAGUGAAGAGCAGCAGGCAACAAAUUGGAUAGAAUGCUGAACUGAAGAGUGAAAUGUAUGUCAGAAGUUGCCAUGCUAAAACUUCCCAGGGUUCUGAUCUGGCACCAGUCAGACAGGCAUUUGGUUCAUCAAACACAAAGAAAUCUUAAAGGGCUGGUGGUGAGGCAGAAGUGAAAGUAAGAUUUUUAUUCAAUACACCACCUUUUACAUCCUAUGGAAGCCCCUAAAAGCUCUAAAGGCUACCGUGAGCGGUAGUCAUCAUUAUAUUGUAGGAAGCAUGAGAGCCAGUUUGCACACGACUCCCACAAACAAUGUUUGAAGGAUAAAUAUCAGCCAAGAUGCCAGGGAGAUCUCACCAGAUCCUUAUUGAAUUAGUGUGGAGGAAGCUUUACAUUCGGCACGGUGGCUCAGUGGUCAGCACUGCUGCCUCACAGCACCAGGGACCCGGGUUUGAUUCCAUCCUCGGGUGACUCUCUGUGUGGAGUGUGCAUGUUCUCCCUGUGUCUGUGUGGGUUUGCUCUGGAUGCUCCGGUUUCCUCCUACAGUCCAAAGAUGUGCAGGAUUGGUAAUUGGCCAUGCUAAAUUGCCCAUUGUGUCCAGGGAUGUGUAGAUUAGGUGGGGGAAUGGGUCUGGGUGGGAUGCCCCUAGGGCAGGACUUGUUGGGCCAAAGGGCCUGUUUCCACACUGCAGCGAUGCUAUGAAAAAAAUUGUGGUGUUUUAGUUGAAUGUUUAGGUAUAAGCAAUCUCUGCGGCAUUUCUUCAGUGCUGUGCUACGGUGUCAACUAAAUUGUGUGCUCAGAUAUUAGAACUAGGAGCCUACUGAACGCAUCAGUGCUGGCCUGUAGAGAACCACGAACCAAACCUGGAAGAGCCACAAGGCUGAAUAUUGAGAAAUAUGAAUUCAUUUGAAAAGCCUGGGGAAAUCUGGAUAUUGCAUGGUCAAAUGGGUGGCAAGGUGGCUCAGCGGUUAGCACUGCUACCUCACAGCACCGGGGACCUGGGUUUGAUUCCACCCUCGGGUGACUGUCUGUGUGGAGUUUGCACGUUCUCCCUGCGUCUGGGUGUGUUUCCACCCACAGUCCAAAGAUGUGCAGGUUUGGUGGAUUGGCUGUGAUAAAUCACCCAAUGAUGUGCAGGUUCAUAGUUAUUGACUAUUAGCCAUGGGAGAUGCAGGAUUGUAGAGAUUAAGGUUAGAGGGCAGUGGGUUUAGGUGGGAUGGUCUUCAGAGGGUCAGUUUGGACUUGAUGGGCUGAAUGGCCUGCUCCUGCACCAUAGGGAUGAUUUCAGUGUUUGAGAGAAGGCAACUAAAUGAUGUCAACCUCAGAGGAGAACAGUACAGCAAAUGACACAGCAAAAGAAGGACUAAACAGUAAGUCCUGUGAAUGAUACAUACUGUCUUGUCUACCUCAAAAUGGAGCUCCUGCACUAUCGUCUAUUCCUUUUCAAUUAUGAUUCUUUUGUUUACUGGGUUAAUCAGGAACAUAGUUGAACUUUAAAUAUGACAGUUAAGGAAAGGCACAUACCAUUUACCCAGAUAAUCAUAUUAAAAUAGUUCGGUGGUUAUUCAUGGCACAGAUUCAUUGAAUCAAGGGGUCUUUUUUCUGUGCUGUAAACCUCUACGGCUCUAUUUAAGAUUGAAGGUGGAGAGCUAUUUGACACUGAAUAGAUAAGAUGACGUUAUGUAUCCACUGAUUUACUGUAUGUUUUAUUUGCCAGAUUUAUCUCCAGCCGUAAAUCCAUAGCAUUUUUCAUUAAAAUAGCUUGAAACCUACACACAUCAUCAUCUAGUUCUACACACAUCAUCUCGAACAGUUGAGUAGGUUGGGCCUGUAUUCAUUGGAGUUUAGAUGAAUGAAAGGAGACCUUAUUGAAACACACAAGUUUCUUAGGGGACUUGGCAGGGUACAUGUGGAAAGGUUGUUUCCUCUUGUGGUAGAGUCUAGGACUGAAGGGCACAAUCUCAGAGUAACGGGGCAUCUACUUAGGGCAGAGGUGAGGAGGAAUUUCUUCUCUCAGAGGGGAGAGGAAUUAUGGAAUUCUCUAUUGCUGAGGGCUGUUGAGCCUGAGUCAUUAAGUCUAUUCAAGGCUGCAAUAGAUUUUUAAUCAGGUAAGGGAAUCAAGGGUUAUGGGGGAAAGGCAGAAAAGUGGAGAUAAGGAUGAUCAGAUUAGCCACUGAAUGGUGACUCAAUGAGUCAAGAUGCUGACUGGCCUAAUUUUUUAGACUAGAUUAGAUUCCCUUGUCCACACCGCCCCUUGAAGCAUCCCACCCAGACCCAUCCCCCUAUAACCCACACACCCCUGAACACUACGGGCAAUUUAGCAUGGCCAAUCCACCUUAGCCUGCAAAUCUUUGGACUGUGGGAGGAAAACAGAGCACCUGGAGGAAACCCACGCAGACACGGGGAGAAUGUGCAAAUUUCAGACAGUUGCCUGAGGCUGGAAUUGAACCUGGGUCUCUGGCACUGUGAGGCUGCAGUGCUAACCACUGAGCCACUAUGCUGCCCCUCCUAUGUUUUGCGGUCUUAUGCUGUUAUGUCUUGUGACCUCCUGACACAGUUUCAAUGUGCAGAAAUUCAAUUAUUAUUGACAUGACUAUAAGGUAUUUUCUGUCAUUCAGUUUUGCAAUGAAUGAUAAAGUUAAUGAUUAACUAGA